UCCCCCCUUCCGUUCCCUUGCAUCCGGAAGAGUUGGAUCCGAAGUCUGGUCGUCCUCGUCGACGAUCGGCAGGGGUCGUCCUCGUCGACGAUCGGCAGGGGUCGUCCUCGUCGUCGAUCGGCAGCGUCGUCCUCGUCGACGAUCGGCAGGGGUCGUCCUCGUCGUCGAUCGGUAGGGGUCGUCCUCGUCGUCGAUCGGCAGCGUCGUCCUCGUCGACGAUCGGCAGGGGUCGUCCUCGUCGUCGAUCGGCAGGGGUCGUCCUCGUCGACGAUCGGCAGGGGUCGUCCUCGUCGACGAUCGGCAGCGUCGUCCUCGUCGACGAUCGGCAGGGGUCGUCCUCGUCGACGAUCGGCAGCGUCGUCCUCGUCGACGAUCGGCAGCGUCGUCCUCGUCGACGAUCGGCAGGGGUCGUCCUCGUCGACGAUCGGCAGGGGUCGUCCUCGUCGACGAUCGGCAGGGGGUCGUCCUCGUCGACGAUCGGCAGCGUCGUCCUCGUCGACGAUCGGCAGGGGUCGUCCUCGUCGACGAUCGGCAGCGUCGUCCUCGUCGUCCUCGUCGACGAUCGGCAGCGUCGUCCUCGUCGUCCUCGUCGACGAUCGGCAGGGGUCGUCCUCGUCGACGAUCGGCAAGGUCGUCCUCGUCGUCGAUCGGCAGGGGUCGUCCUCGUCGACGAUCGGCAGGGGUCGUCCUCGUCGACGAUCGGCAAGGUCGUCCUCGUCGACGAUCGGCAAGGUCGUCCUCGUCGUCGAUCGGCAGGGGGUCGUCCUCGUCGUCGAUCGGCAGGGGGUCGUCCUCGUCGUCGAUCGGCAGGGGGUCGUCCUCGUCGUCGAUCGGCAGGGGGUCGUCCUCGUCGUCGAUCGGCAGGGGGUCGUCCUCGUCGUCGAUCGGCAGGGGGUCGUCCUCGUCGUCGAUCGGCAGGGGGUCGUCCUCGUCGUCGAUCGGCAGGGAAAUUUAUCUGA